CCUUAUUUACUUUUUUUUUUGUACUAAAAUAAAUAGAGAUCUAGGGUCUAGAUCUAGAUCUAAAAUAAUAAUAAAAAAACCCACACACAAUGGGAACUGUAUACAAGACUCGAGAUUGUUUUCUUUGGUUUAUGUCUUUAAUUUACUUAUUUGCAUUUUCUUCUCUUUAUAUUCAGAUACCAGGUCUUUAUGGUGACAAUGGAAUAUUACCUGCAAAAUUGGUAUUAAAGGAAGGUGACAGUACAUGGCAGGACUUGAUGGAAGGUCAACCCACACUACUCAAGCUCAUGCCCAGGCUGGGACUGGACACCCAGAUGGGGAUGGAUCUACUGUGUCUUGCUGGAAUGGUCAUCUCCUUUUUCUGUGUGGCCUCCCGGACAGCCAGAGAUUUUAUCUCUUUCACACUUCUGUGGAUGUUUUAUCUCUCGUUGUAUCAGGUUGGUCAGACGUUUCUCUGGUUCCAGUGGGAUAUUCUUUUACUGGAGGCUGGAUUUUUAACAAUCAUUGUUGCACCAUUUAACCUUCAACUCUUAGGCCGUCGCUGGCCUGUUGGCAAUCCACAUGAUGGAAUUACAUUGUGGUUGGUGAGGUGGCUGCUUUUCAGGCUGAUGUUUGCUUCAGGCAUUGUAAAACUGACUAGCAAGUGUCCCUUGUGGUGGGGACUAACAGCUCUGAAUGUUCAUUUUGAAUCUCAGUGUAUUCCAACGCCAGCUGCCUGGUAUUGGCAUCAUCUGCCUGAAUGGUUUCUCAAGUUGGGAGUUGUAGUCACCUAUGUCAUUGAAAUUCCCAUCCCUUUCUUGUUUUUUUCACCUGUGAAAUCUCUUCGCACUUUUGCUUUUUGGUCUCAGGUUCUCCUUCAGAUGAGCAUCAUCAUCACAGGCAACUACAAUUUCUUCAAUCUGCUGACCAUUACCUUGUGUUUGUCUCUGCUGGAUGAUUCCUUCUCUCUUUUCUCACAGAAACCUAUGAAAGGUGCUAAUGGCAAAAAGAAGUCUAACACCUGGAGUGUUGUUAGUAUACUAGCCAAUGUAGUCUUCCCAUCAGUCGUACUUGGAUACAUAGCUUAUGAAACCUGGCAACUUUUCAGUCUCAGAAUAAUGCCUGAUUGGACUAUCUAUUCAAAAAUUGCUUUCAGUGAGAAAUCAUUUUUCCAGUGGUUAGAAAAGAUAAUGCCUUACACAGUGUAUCUUGGAGCUGGAUCCCUCACAUUGGAGAUUGUCAUCUCAUUAGUAAAGAGUAUUUUUGAUGAAAAAGGAUUGCUUCGUAAAGGUUUGUGCAUCGCAGGAACUUCUUUUUUUGGUAGUGUGGCAGUCUUCAUGUUUGUGAUAAGUCUGAUUCCCUUGAGCUACUUAGACCACAAUUUUUAUCACUCUCUGCCGAAAUAUUCUAAGACAUGGCAUAGUAAACUUGACCCUUUCCAGAUCACCAGUUCCUAUGGACUAUUCAGAAUGAUGACUGGAGCUGAUGGUCGUCCAGAGCUCAUUUUAGAAGGUCAUGCCAACAACAGGACAGCAGAAGAUGGCUGGAAGCCAUAUGCAUUUCUCUACAAGCCUGGUGAUGUUUCUGAGUGUCCUCCAGUCGUUGCUCCUCAUCAACCUCGUCUGGAUUGGCAGAUGUGGUUUGCUGCUCUGAGUAACUACCAAAACAAUCCUUGGUUCCUAAACCUAGUAUAUAGACUGCUGCAGAAUGAGCCUGAUGUUCUAGAUCUAAUGGGUCCAAACCCAUUUCCCAACAAGCCUCCGAAAUACAUUCGAGCCUUUCUGUAUCACUACUAUUUCACAAGUCCUAAAGAUUGUAAGGGAAAAACCAAAUGUAACUGGUGGAAAAGAGAAAAGAAAUCUGAGUACAUCCCAGCCUUGUCUCUAACAGAACCAACAUUUGUGGAGUACUUGAAACAUAACAAAAUUUUGCAGGAGAAGCCUACCAAGAAAUUCAAGAUGGAUGGCAAGAUUGCCAAAUUUUUGAAGUGGGCUCGUGAAGCUAUUGGCCAGCCAGAAGGUUUUAGUUUCUCCCUCUCCAUGUUUGGUUCUGCCAUAUUAGUGAUGUUUUUUAAUAGAGCUGUUUUUUGAGUGUUUUGUCAUUUAAAUUUUUAAAAAUUUUAUGUCUCGUCAUAAUUUUGCAGUCUAUAAUAAUGCUUUUUUUAAUUGCUAUUAAUUUGCUUUGCCUAGGUGUUCUGAAACAAAGUUGCCUGUACCUUUAUUUUUGACAAAUAUUUUUUCAUUUUGUUGUAUUUUUUGUUUGUAAAUUUUAGAAACUUGAAAGUUGAUGGUACUAUUUCAUUCAAAGGAAUGAUACAUAUUUUUUUUUGUGAAUAUUGAAGCGUACUCAUGUAGUGGCACCAUUUUCUUUUUGUAUGGUGUUAUAUAUUUGUAUUUCUAAUGUUUUGUUAAUACCAUGAAGGUAUUACUAUCAGUAAGUAUCUUUUUAAAGUGUUGCUCCACAAAAGUGUCAACUGACUAUCUGACUGAAUUAGACUCUUGACAGCAAACUUCAAGGGGUCUAAAUAUACACAAAAUGGUCACAGAAAAUAAAGGGCUCAUAACUCUUGUUUUCUGAGUGUAUACUUCUGCUGCCUAGUCAGCAAUGACAGCCAUUGUUGAUUGUAUAUCUGAUUUGCAUUUGCUUGAGUUAACAUAUACUCUGUCCUAUCUUUUUUUUUUUUAAAUUAUUUUAUAAUUUAUGCUAUUUCAAUGAAUCAAUUUAGCACUAAGCAUAUAUUUUACAAUGAGUCUUCUCCUGCAUGUUGGAAGCCAUUUUGUGUUCCUUUGAUCUGCAUGUGAAAUAUUACAUUUGUAGCCCCCAAAUUAUUGUUCAUUGUUCUUUCCUAUGGGGGGCAUAAUGUUUGAUAUCAUGCUUACUUUGAUGUUGACACAUCUGUAUAAACAUACAAUGUCUGAUAAUUGAAUGAUUUUGUUUUAGAUAUUGGACAUGUCCUCCAUUUCUUCCUCCCUACAUCCAUUUGGUUUUAUUGAGUAGUUCAUUAUUAAAAUAAAAUUUUUCCAUGAAUACAUAAUGUGUUGUUAUAAUGAUACAUCUAUUUUGUGAUUCCUACAUUUGUUUGUAAGGGGCAAAGAAAAUAAAGUUUGAUUCAAAUUGA